AUGCCUAGAAGAACGUGUUACUGGUCUCGGAGAUUAGACUUUCAAUUAGUAGAAUUCAUACGCAAGAAGGAUAUCAUAUGGAAGCCAGUUGGUAACACGAAUCAUCACAUUCAGCAGAAAUAUAAAGCCUACGCCGAGUUCGCAUCAAAGUUAGGUCGCGAAUUUACAGCCAGAUCUGUUAGAGACCGUUGGGCCAAUAUAAGAAGUACAUUCAAUCACAACCUUCGCAAAGUACUAAAAUCUGAAAAAAUGGCCAAAAAUCAGGAUGAGGUGUAUACACCUUGCUGGCCACUUUGGAAAGCUUUGCAGUUUUUGAGAGACCCGACAAAGAGUGAGGAAAGUGUCUUAGAGGAAUAUUCUACACUGGAAGGAAAGCCUGAAAAUUUUGAAGCAGAUCUAGAUGAACCUCCUAUAAAUUUACGCCAAAGAGGUCAGCAUAUUUAUAGUCCUCAAAAGUACAAAUCAUCGAAGAGGAAAAUGAAGCAAUGUAAGGAGGUUUUGGAUAAUCUCAUAGUCACAAUGUCACCUUUAAAUGUACCUUCACAAGGACAGAAUUAUUGGUUCUUCGGCAGGCAUGUCACGGAAAGAUUGAACACUAUGAGACUGGUUGAUGCAAAAUGUGCUCGCCGAGAAAUAUUGAAACUUUUGAAAACAAAUGAAGGGCAUAUUGACCAGGAUAAUAUUAACGAUUCACUCUGCAGCUGA